CGGCCUGCUUACUGUUAGAUUUGCCUUUCAAAUAGAAAAUCCGGAAUAUUUCAUGGAACCGGCACAAACGAUCUUUUGCGAAUCUCUGAACAAAAAAGCUGUCAGUUGAUCCAAUUCAAAAGACUUUUUUUCAAUAUGCUGAAGGUAGGUAGUAAUUCCAAGUAAUUUUUAUUAAUUUUGAGCAAUUCCGUGUGGUUUCUGGUAAUCCCAACUAAUUCUGGGAAAUCCAAGUAAUCCGUGACAUAUUGCCAGUAAUCCUGGUAAUUCCAUUCAGACUGGUAAGUAAUCUUUGAUGCUGGAAACCCUUGACUAUAAAUACAUUGAUGCUCUAACAUGUACGUCUCUUUUACAAGAAGAAUUCAUACUCAUCAAAGACUACAAAGACGAAGACGGGCUCAUCCUGAAGAAGGGAGCGAGGGUUGUCGCAUUGGGCAAAGAAUUCAUACUCAUCAAAGACUACAAAGACGAAGACGGACUCAUCCUGAAGAAGGGAGCGAGGGUUGUCGCAUUGGGCAAAGAAUUCAUACUCAUCAAAGACUACAAAGACGAAGACGGGCUCAUCCUGAAGAAGGGAGCGAGGGUUGUCGCAUUGGGCAGGACAGCAGAUUCCAAGCUGGAGCAAGUAGGAUAUGCCACCAGCGACGGCCGUUCCCGAACCUAUCUGCCGCUCGCGGUCCUUGGUAGAUAUCAACCACCGCCAACGCCCGUAUGUGCAAUCGGGUACUGUACACGAUCUGGCCCCGUAUACAAAUGCACAGGAGCAAUCAAGUUAGAUAGAUAA